GCGUGCGCGCGCAUUAUUGCAGAGGGCGGAGUUCACGGCUCUAGAUGUAUGGGGAGCAGGCAACCUGUCUAUGCAGGAAACUUUUAUAUUGCACGAUUGCAUACAAACUUUUAUAUUGCACGAAGAAAAAGGUCUUUUUUUAAAGGAGAAGGCAAAUGUGCAGAGAGCGGCAAAGUUGAGAUUCAAAAUAGAUUUGGGGAAGACAUGGCUCCCAUCGCUUCUGAUUUACCUGAAGAGCAAAGAAAGCAGCUCUGUGGUUUGCUGGGGAAUGUUGACCUGACUCUUCUCUACAAAGCUUCUGUUCAUGGAUAUACUGCUUCUGCCUUUCAUCAGCGAUGUGACCGUCAGGGUCCCACAGUACUUGUAGCCUAUAACAGAUCAGGCUACAUCUUUGGUGGAUACACUAGUGUAGAUUAUACUCAAAGUGGAGAGCAAAUUACAGAUGAGGAAGCUUUCCUGUUCAGCCUUCGACAUGGAACCCCUGUUCGCAUUAAAGUUAACAGUUAUAUCACACGUCUUGAUGACACUGGAGGACCCAACUUUGGCCAACAGUUGUACUUUUGCUACAGAAAUAAACCAGUUGUAUAUCACAAUACAGAAAAUCUGUGUGUUUUUUUAAAUGAACCAAUCAAUACUCUAAAGUUAUAUGGGAAUGUCACUCAACUGACUGAAUGUGAGGUCUACAAAGUCAACCAAACCCUUCAGGUCAGUUUCAAAGAGAAGCCAUGGAGGAAUAUUCUUUGGACACCUAAACGAAGAGACGAGCUCAUGGAAUUGAUCAGGAAUUAUAAACCCCUGAUGAAGUCUGUGAGUCGGGUCAGAAUUCUAAUGAUCGGUCCUGUAGGUGCUGGAAAAUCCAGUUUCUUCAACUCCAUCAACUCCGUCUUCAUGGGUCACGUGACCAGCAAAGCCAUGUCAGGAUCUGCCGGCACUAGUCUCACCACACAGUUUCGCACAUAUCCAGUGAAAGACGGUCGUGAGAGAAAGCCGUUGCCAUUUGUGUUGUGUGACACCAUGGGACUCGAGGAGCAAUCAGGUGCUGGACUGAAUACUGAUGACAUCAGCAGCAUUCUUCAAGGUCUCAUACCAGACCGCUAUAAAUUCAACCCCAAAUCACCAUUUCAACCGGAUGAGCAAAAGGCCUCCAGACCUGCAUCUCUGCAGGAGAAGAUCCACUGUGUGGUGUAUGUGAUCGACGCCACCAAAAUCUCCCUCAUGUCUGACCAACUAGAGGAAAAACUCAGUUCUGUACGUAGUCAAUUGAACUCAGAGGCGAUUCCUCAGAUGGUCUUGAUGACGAAAGUAGAUGAAACAUGUCCUCAUGUGCAGAAUGACCUUGAAAAUAUUUAUGCCAGUUCCUACAUCAAGACGAAGAUGCAGGAGGUGAGCUCUCGGUUGGGUGUGCCGGUGUCUUGUGUGUUACCGGUGAAGAACUACAGUCAGGAGCUGGAGCUGGAGCUAAAAUGUGACGUCCUGCUUCUCAAUGCUAUACAGCAGAUGCUUCGCCUUGCAGACGACUAUUUUGAUGAUAUUGAUACCAUUUAGG